AAUGCAGAAGCAUGUAACAUUCUCCAGGGUGUACCCGGAGCUGUGAUUGGCCGAAGCUUUGUAUAGUGAGUAACCAGGAAGCGCGCGCUGCAUGGAGAGGGGUGAGAGUUGGUGUAGUAGGUGGAUGCUGGGAUCAGCCGCACGGGUGAGCCGAUCCACCCGUCUCCGCCAUGUUUCACAUCAGAGUGGGAGGGGGCAAGUGGUGUUCCCAGAGCAAUUCUCCCAGCACCACAGAAGAUGUACACUCCCCUCCCAGGACCCAUAGCAUAUGUAUGGUCUCUGACUUUUUUUAUCCAAACAUGGGCGGGGUGGAAAGUCACAUUUAUCAGCUCUCGCAGUGCCUGAUUGAGAGAGGACACAAGGUUAUAAUCGUCACUCACUCAUAUGGGGACAGAAAAGGAAUCCGUUACCUCACCAAUGGUCUGAAAGUAUAUUACUUGCCUCUAAAGGUCAUGUAUAACCAGUCCACAGCCACUACAUUAUUGCACAGUCUACCUCUCCUCAGAUAUAUAUUUGUAAGGGAGCGUGUUUCUGUCGUCCAUUCACACAGCUCUUUUUCUGCCAUGGCCCAUGACGCUCUCUUCCAUGCUAAGACUAUGGGACUCCAUACGGUUUUCACCGACCAUUCACUGUUUGGAUUUGCUGAUGUCAGCUCUGUGCUCACUAACAAACUUCUCACAGUGUCUCUGUGUGACACAAACCACAUCAUCUGCGUUUCUUACACCAGCAAAGAAAACACUGUGCUCCGUGCUGCACUUGACCCCGAGAUCGUGUCUGUGAUCCCCAAUGCUGUGGACCCCACAGACUUUACACCGGACCUUCAUAAGGAGAAGAGUAAUAAGAUUACCAUUGUGGUGGUCAGCAGACUUGUUUACAGAAAAGGAAUUGACUUGCUGAGUGGAAUCAUUCCUGAAAUGUGCCAGAAAUACCCAGAACUGCAGUUUCUUAUUGGAGGAGAGGGGCCCAAGAGAAUAAUUUUGGAAGAAGUAAGAGAAAGAUACCAGCUACACGACAGAGUGCGGCUACUAGGUGCUCUAGAACAUCAACAGGUGCGGAACGUCCUUGUGAAAGGUGACAUAUUCCUCAACACAUCGCUUACUGAGGCUUUCUGCAUGGCAAUUGUGGAAGCUGCUAGCUGUGGACUGCAGGUGGUGAGUACGAGAGUGGGAGGAAUCCCAGAGGUUCUGCCUGAGAAUUUCAUCAUCCUGUGCGAGCCCUCUGUAAAGUCUCUAUGCGCUGGCUUAGAGAAAGCUAUAGACCAAUUGGAAGCAGGAACAUUGCCAUGCCCUGAAGCUAUCCACAACACUGUUAAAACUUUUUAUACGUGGAGAGAAGUCGCUGGGAGAACUGAAAAAGUAUAUGAUCGCGUGGCUAAUGAGACCGUCUUACCUAUGAAUGAAAGACUUGAGCGACUGGUAAAUCACUGUGGUUUAGUUACUGGCUGCAUCUUUGCCCUGUUUGUAGUAAUUAGUUUUUUAUUUCUACUCUUCUUGCGAUGGACAACUCCAGACUACCUGAUUGACAUCGCAGUUAAUGCCACAGGGUCAGAAGGAGCUUGGUCAAGAAAACACUGUUCUAGAAAAUCACAAAAAAAAUGUCCAUUAUAAAACUGUGAAGAGGCAAUUUUGUUCAUGUAUCCGCUUCCGUUUAUUCUUCUGGAGUCCACUGGAAGAUGUGCUGUAGUCCUUUUCAUAUUAUAGCACAUAUAAUCUCUGCCAUCACAUCUUUUGACCUUCAAAGUAUUUUUUCAGCAAAUGCUACUGUUUACAGAAAAGUAAUCCUUUUAGUCACACUUUCCCAGGUUCUCAUAAACCUAUGUUUCCUCCUGCCUCUGAAUGUCUUUGCUUGUUGGUUAGCAACCUUACGUUGCACUUUUGCUGCCUAUAAUUGCACUGUGUUGCUAUCGCCAUGUUAAAUGUUUAAGAGGUUCUAACCCCCUAAAUGACUUACUGGGUUUACCCUGUCAUUGAUUAUAAAGCUGGCACAUUCCCUUACGUCUUUGGUGAAGAUAAGAUUUGUCAGUAUUUGUACAGGUUUAGGGUACAGUGCAGUUAGAACACAUACAGUAUGUACAUACAGUAGUCUCAUUACUACCAAAUACUGCACUGCAUAUACGGAUGAAAGAUAGCCAUGCUUUUAUGGUAACAAAUUGUACCUACACAUAUAUAGCGAGGGUUAUUUGCCAACAGAAACUAAUGUGCAUAUUACAAUCGGACGUUUCCUUGUUUUGUUUUUAGAUUAAUUACGAACAUGAAAUUCUUUAUCAACAUGGUACAGUGAGCAAUGAUGUGCUGUAAUUAAUAUGAAACACUCUGAUAUCAGUGUAGUGAAGGCGGACUAAGAAGAUUUGUUGCUAUUGGUUAAAGUUCAUGUUCAACUUACACUUGUUUCUUAAAUAUGCCUGAUGUAAUAGUGCAACUGUACAAUUAUCCAUGGCAACCGCUGUCAUUAGUCUGAUAAAAGUAAAGGUCUUAUCUGAUACUGUGGGGAAGAUGUACCAAGCCUAAAGAAUGGGUAAGUGGAGAAGUUGCCCAUAGCAACUAAUUCGCUUCUAGCUAGUAUUUAGAAGUACAUUUUACAAAACGAUGGUUAUGCUAUGGACAACUUGACCACUUCCCCACUGUUUAGGAGGCUUGAUACACCUCCGGUUAUGUCUUACAAUUCCACCAUGUCACUAAGGGGGCAGUACGAUUCCCUACAAUGUGCAGCUGCACACAUUAUUGCUGAUUACAGUGAGGAGUCUUCAUUCAUUUUUAUGCAUAUCUGUAUAGGGUGGAAGAAAAAAUUAGCAGUUAUACAUCACUUAAGGAGGCAUAGUGCAGAGAUCUGAAUUGCCCCCCUUAGUGAUCAGCAUUGUUUAGCAAGCACUGAGUAGCAUUAUGAAAGCUGAUUGGAUGUAAUGUGUAAGUAUUUGGCACUGAGGCUAAGGGUAAAUCUUCUUAAUGAGGGCUUUGGACUUAAACUAGGCCUAGUUUAUAAAAAUCAUUGCAGAAGGCAAAACGUACUGUAUAUCCAUGCCAUAUGUUGUAGUAUAAUACUUUUGUUGCACCAUAUCACAGUUUAAGGGACCUAUAAUAAGCUUAUACUUUAUAUCAGGGUGCAUACACAUUGAAAAGUUCUAUCUGCACAUUUUUAUGAUUUAGUAUUAAAAUGUCAGACUAAGGAGUGUAUUCAAUUAUGGUGGGUAAUUCAGACCUGAUCGCUCGCUAGCGUUUUUUGCAGCGCUGCGAUCAGGUCAGAACUGCGCAUGCAUAUGCAUCGCAAUGCACAGGCACGUCGCACGGGUACAAAGCAGAUCGUUGCUGUGCGAUGGGUUUUAUGAAGAAUCCAUUCGCACAGCCGAUCGCAAGGAGAUUGACGGGAAGAAGCGUUUGUGGGUGGCAACUGACCAUUUUCAGGGAGUGGUUGGAACAACGCUGGUGUGUCCAAGCGUUUGCAGGGCGGGUGUCUGACGUCAAUUUCCGGCCCCGGACAAGCUGAAGCGAUCGCAGCAUCUGAGUAAGUCCUGGGCAACUCAGAAACUGCACAAAGUUUUUUUUUGUACCGCUCAGCUGCACAUACGAGCGCACACUUGCUCUGCUAAAAUGCACUCCCCAGUGGGUGGAAACUAUGCGAACACAGGACUGCAAAAAACAGCUAGCAAGCAAUCGGGUCUGAAUUACCCACAUAGUCGGAACUGCCGUCUUGUCUGAAAGAUGGCAACUUCCGAAUUGUGAUUCGACCUAUUCAAUGGGGCUGCCUUUUUUCUGACAGGUUGGCAAUUCCGACUUGUCAGAAAACACAUGGAUCAGCGGUUUAGCCGCGGAUCCACGUCUUUUGUCAGAUUUGUGGCCAAAUCCGACAGCUUUUAGUCUCGUUUUCGACCAUGUCAAUCCGACUUUAAAAAAUGUCGGAUUGACAUCGUCAAGAACGGCCAAAACCUGUUGGAUUUGGCAGCAAAUUGAAUACUGCAUUGUCAGAUCCUUUCCGUCAGAAAGGAUCCGACAUGCAUUGAAUAGACCCCUAUGUCAGCAUGUAUUAUCAUAUUUAUUUAUUAACCGUUACUGACCAGACUGCAAAUUUGAUGGCCAGUUAGGUUCUUUUAGAUUUAAUUAGCUGUCAUUUGCAGCAUUGCAUUACAUAGUUAUCUUAUUCUAGAUAUAGGAUAGCUGCAACCAACUAUUCUUAUUUUAUUACAAGGUUUUGAUUAUUUUUUUUAGAUCAUACAUGAUUUCAGUGCUGCAAAUUUUUUAGCCAGAAGAUUGAACAAGAGAUGAUAAAAAACAAAAUGCUUGAUGCAAACGUUCCAAAAACACAGCAGAUGAUAUGUUGUCCAUGUACAGAAUUCCUUGUAAAAUGUAUAAUGGAAGUACUUGGUGAUCCUAUUUUUUAGAAUUUGGUAAUAUUAGUUAAUGCAAUAUUACUACAGAACCUGUAUGCAGAAGAUUAUCUUUUUAAAGUGAAUACAUAUCCCAAUCUCCAUUGCCAGUGUACUGUACUGCCAGCAAGUUCAUGUAAAGGAAAACCACUUUAAGUUUUGUUUUGUUUUUUGAGCUUUGUUUCUCAUGGAAUAAAUGUUGAUACUAUAA